AUGCUCUUGCGCACCUCCGCCCUCGCCCUGGCGCUGACGGCGCUCGCCGCUGUCGUCGUCGGUGCUUCCCGCCCGGGAUGGCCUUUACCCUCGGCGCAGCACCCGGAGCAAUCCUCCCAUGACCCUCUUCCUCACUGGCUCGGGCCGUUUCGCUUCCCCGACUCGUCUGCGGGCGCGAGGGGAGGCUCAUCCAUCCCCUCGCCCGACACGACGCCCGCAAGGCAGCCGGCGGGACCGACGCUCAACUUCGAGCUCAACCGCCCCGCUCCCCUCCUCCUCAGCCCCGACUCCUCCAGCUGCACCCUCGACCUCGUCACGCGCUCCUUUGGCAACAGCUACGGCAAGCCCUCAGUCGUACCCUUCAGCCCCGCCUCGUUCGACGACGAGCGAUGCAAAGACCCGACCAUCUGGACCGGCCUCACGCUCACCAUCCGAGGUGCAUCCGUCGGUCGCCAGUUUGAUCGCCUCGGCACCAUCUGGUUGGGCAACGACGACACCGGGCACGGUGUAGAGGUUUGGAGGACCGACAACCCCGAGCCCACCCGGACGGGCAUCGAGUGGUCCACCAGCAGGGACGUCGGUCGCUUCUACCCGCUCUUCAAGCGCGACGCCACCGUCGUCUUUGACUUUCCCAACAUCGUCGAUGCGACCUAUACUGGCGCGCUCAACCUGACGCUGUCCGUCACCGCCUACGUCGACCGCAGCAACAGCCUGGCGCCGCUGGCCAAACGAGCGCCCGAUGUCGUGCUGCCCAUCUCGCGGCGCAAGAGCAACGACAGCUCCCUCUUCCAGCUGGGCGGAUCCAGCGGCGACGGUGCCGUCUCUCUGCAGCUGCCGCACAAUGCCGCGCGCGCCACCGUCGAGCUGUUUGCGACCGGCACGGCCACCGAGGAGUUCUGGUACACGCUCAUCCCGGAUCGCUUCUUCGGGCAGCUGACCAACGCCACCGAGCAGGGCUACUUCGGCCACGGACCGUACCGCGAGGUGCAGCUGUACAUCGACGGCCGGCUGGCCGGCCUCGCCGCGCCGUACCCCGUCAUCUACACGGGCGGCAUCAGCCCGCUCCUCUGGCGGCCCUCUGCGUCGUUUGGCGCGUUCGAUUCGCCCACCUACUCGAUCGACAUUACCCCCUUCCUCGGCACCUUGACCGACGGACGGCCGCACGAGUUCAAGGUGCGCGUCGCCUCGGGAGAGAGGGACGGCAGGAUCAACGAUGCCAGCUGGUUCGUCUCGGGCAACGUGGCCGUCUACCGCGACGAGAGCGACGAGAGGACCACGGGCGAGCUGGCACCGCCCGGCGACGACGGGGACCGGAGGGGUGAUGCGGUCCCCGCUGUCUCGGUGACGGGCCGGCUGGAGGGUGAUCCGUUCCAGGACGACGUAGGUCGGCUCGACUUCCACGCUCAGCUCGUGGGUCAGCGCCGCUUCGAGGUGAGAGGUACCGUUUCGACGGGCAGCCAACGACGGCGCGGUCGGGCGGCCCAGACGGUGGUGUGGCAGCAGGAGAUGCGGUACGAUAACCGAGGGAGCGUCACGGCCAGAGAGCAGGUGACGAUCCAGCGCUCGUCGGGAUGGACCCGUUCGACUGUCAUCGAUGCCGCCGCCGCCGCCGAUGAAGACGAUGACGCCGAUGAGAGGGAGGGGGAGGCAGAGACGGAGAUGGAGCAGCCGCUCCGUCUUGGCCGGCGGGGCAACAAAGGUCGGGGAGAGCAGCACCACUUUGACGUCGACUCCGCAUCGGGCCGACAAAAGGGAGGACGAAAGAGCAUCGAGCUCAGAUUCUCGUACCCGCUCAGCGUCACGACCUCUCUCCGACCUGGCGACGUCGGGGCUGGGGUGAACACGACAUCCACGACGCACCUCGACCAUUCCUUCUCCCGGGACGUACUCGUCACGGGCGACGUGCAGGUCACGAGGGACGUACACGUCACGGGAAAGAAGGGGGAUUGGCUGGUGUUGGGCAACGAGGAAGUGUUGGGACGAGACGAGAGCGGGGCACCGUGGAGCGUCCGUACGCACCGCGUCGCCGACGUCUUUUCUAGCCAGCUCAACCAGACCGCCACGCCGCGGUACGACUAUUCCUCUGACCAGUCGUUGUGA